AUGGAUACAUUUCGCUUUAGACGCUCCUCUAUCUCCCGUUUUGGGUCUAUUGGUAAAAAUGAACCCCUAAUCGUGGUCGAUGAAUCGCAAAUAGUCGAGGAAGAUGACCAGGAAAGUUCCGAGACACCAUCACAUAAAGCCAGCUUGGAUAUAGACUCACCGGUCAAUCCAUAUCUACUUUCACCAUGGCGUGACCCUCGAGAAUCACGUAAACAUUCUCUGCCAUCGCAGCAGGUUACCGAGGGUAUAACGGCCAGUCAGGUAAGACGUCUAUCAGAACGUGGUGGUGAGGGUUCUGGACCCUCACCCAAGGAGGCCGCUUUCCUGGCAACACUUUCGCAGGCGCCAGCACCAUCGGGUCGACGACAUUCUGUGGUUACCAUAUCCAAGGUGCCAGCAACGAUAUUUGGACGUUCGCGCCGAGAGUCGGUGGCUGCAUUUCCUUCAAACAACCGCAUUCUGAGCUCGAGGAGGGAGAGCAACACCUCAACUGGUCCACCAUCCACGGAUCCAAUAGGUAGUAUACAUAAUUUACAAUUGGACAUCAUGGAUGAUAUUGUACAAUCUCGUAAAGCACGCAUGAAACUCUGGACAACGAGCAAUGAGAAGGUAUGUGAAGUGGAAACUCUUACAGAGGGCGGCACAACACCGCAGCGUUACACCAAUCGACGUUAUUCCGAAUGUGUCUCUGGUCAAGCUACACCAUCGGCCAACUACCGUAGAGCCUCCGAACUUCCCGCCAGCAUUUCGCCCUGUGUUACACAACCCACCAGCAAUCGUUCGUCCACCAAACGCAAUAAGGGCGCCACUGGCUUAUUGGGCAGCAGAACAGAUCUUUCUUCUAUUUUCAGUUCUCUAACCUCAUCGGCAAUUGAAAUACAUAAAUGUGAGGACACGCCUCCCCCGUCAGCGACGGGUGGUAUUAAGUCGAAAAAUAAUCUAACCACUACCCAGCACGCAACUAGUAGUUCGAAUCUCCUAGAUCCCAAUGCAGGACGUUCAACACGUUCGAACAGUUUCGAUGUAUCCAUACUCAACAAUGCAAAACAACUGGUAAGUGAUGCUCAGGAUAAUAGUUCAGCUGCAAUUUCAGGAUGGUUUGCUCAGCGCCAUGAACCCAUGGACCGCAAGAAGAGUAUAAGAAGCAAGAGCACAGCCAUGGCUCUCUCCAAAGACAUGCUGGAAAAGUUACAAAGCAAAGAUCCAUUGCGUGAAAGUAAACCCAAGUUGAAACCACGUAGUAAACAAAAAAGUUGGACAGAUCACACCAAGGGGACCAUAGUUGAUGCAACCGUCAUUGGUUCAGCCAUAGAAGGAUUUUUACGUAAGAACUCCGGCUCUGGUCCUUCAGGCGCUGAGGCAGCCCCAAGUGCUCGCACAAAAUCCACCAAAGGAGCCGUACCCAAAGAUUACGGCUCUUCGAAGCGUCCCACACGUACACCCCAAGCUCAAGCUGCUAACGCGGUGCGUUCUACUUUAAAUUGGUUUGGCAAGGGUGAUGAGGACGAUUCCAAGGAUACCUGUGAUGCUUCACUUUGUUCCACCUUAAAGGAUUUGUUUGUUAAAUAA